AUGACGGAAGAGGAAUCGCGUAUCAGCGCCGCUGAGGCUGCACCUGAUGCUGAGAACGAUGCCGGAGACGCCGCCGUGGUGGAGUCGGUGUGUCUUAAUUGCGGCGAGAACGGGACCACCCGGCUCCUUCUGACCAAAAUUCCGCACUUCCGAGAUGUCAUCUUGAUGUCCUUUGAAUGCGGCUCGUGCGGUUACCGCGACAACGAGCUGCAGGAUGCAGCGCCUCUGCAGAACCACGGCGUGAAGAUCACAGCCAAGAUGCUGUCGCCGGAGUUCCUCAACAACCAGAUGGUGCUCUCCGGGCAUGCGUCGUGCCGAAUCGAGGAGCUUGAUUUCGAGAUCCAGCCCUCGGGCCAGAAGGGCUACGUGACCACCGUUGAGGGGUACCUCUCGAAGGUCUCCAACAGCCUGGAGGAGCACGUGCGCUCGGUGGCCGAGGCGAUGGCGAACGACCCCAACCUGUCGAUCCAGCUGAGCACGGGUGAGGUCAAAACGGGGGCGGAAUACAUCCACACGUUGGCCACGCUCCGCGAGCGUUUGAACGACUGUAGUGAGGGAGCGGAGGCAUUCACGCUCAUUCUCGAUGACCCCUCUGGCAACAGCUACAUCGAAGACACGGAUGCGGUGGAGCUGGCGCGGGAGACGUACGCGCGCUCGGAGGAGCAGCAGCAGAACAUGGGCUACGCGGUCAAGGACGAUUUUAGGAAAGAGAUCGACCUGACCACCCCCAUGGAGAACACGGACGACGUCGGCAAGGAGGGCGUCUCGCUGCCGGUGGACUGCCCGCACUGCGGCUCGGAGGGCCUCAACAAGAUAUGCGAAGUCUGUAAGUGCAUCGAGCUAACAUGGAAAACGUGUUCAGUGGUCCCGGGUUUCGGACCUUGCGUUAUCAUGGCGUUCACCUGCGAGACCUGCGGGGCCAAGUCCAACGAGAUGAAGCCGGGCGGGGGCUACAAGGACCACGCCAGGCGAUGGACGCUGACAGUGCAGUCCGUCGACGACUUGAAUCGCGAUGUGAUCAUAUCGGAGACGGCGGCGGUCCGGGUCAACCACCUGGACGUGGAGAUGUCGCCGGGGACCAUAGGCGCCGCCUUCACCACGGUGGAGGGGCUCAUCGGCAAGCUGGUGGAGAGCCUGGAGAAGGCGUACCCGUUCGUGCUCGGCGACUCCGCAACCGAGGAGCACGCGCCGCUCAGGGAGAAGGUGCGCGAGCUGCAGGCGCUGGUCGCCGGGGACGCCGCGUUCCCCUUCACCCUGGUGAUUGAUGACCCCGCGGACCACUCUUUCAUCGGCGCGCGGAGGCAGGCGCAGGGCGACGACGCGAACCUUGUGUCCGAAACCUACGAACGCACGCAGGAACAGAACGACGAGCUUGGGCUCACUGACAUGAAGACGGAGGACUACUAG